GAACGGUCAAUGUGGAAUUAAAGAUGUGUUUUCGGAAAGUAGCGCAUGAUAAAAGUUAAUUUUGAAUUUAUUCAAGUGUUGAGAAGCAAAUAACAAAGAAGAGAAGAAAUCAAGAAAAAAGAGGAAAAAAAUUGUGCUCGAGAUAAGACAAAUCAGAAUUUAAUUAUAGAAAGUACGUCCGACAAAGGUCUCCUCCAAAUUAUUUAUAAGCGGUGAAGAAAUUCUUAAGCGACCAAAUCGACCAUUUUUAAUUGACAACGGAAAGACAGCAGCAUCAAAAGGCGUAAGUGAAACGCCGACAUCAACAACAACAACAACAACAACCGCAACGACUAAUAAAUUUAUUGAAAAAAAAUUUUGAUGCAGAUUAAAAAGGACGACAUCCAGGGAUAAUGCAUAUUUGGAAAAUUUAUAAAAUGUAGUCAAAAAAAUUUGUUAUUGAAUAAAUAAAAUGUUUGUGUAGUUCUGUGUCGAAGAAAGUAAAUUGUCUGUGUAUACGCGUACAAGCGAAGAAUCUGUGUGAACCGUGAAAGUGAACCGUCUAAAACGACAACUCCGAAUUCCCUUAAGAAUCGACGAUUCACCAAAUCAACUAAACAGUCCAACUAAUCAAUUAACUAAUUGCAAUUACUUCGAUCUAAUAGUAAAGUGUUUUCUCAUAUCACUAACAUGACUGAGGAAAACAACAACAAUAUAACUAAAAACAAUCACAACAAUACAAACAGCCAAAAGCUGGACGACACCGGCGGUGGAGGUGUAAGUGGCAGUGAAACUUGCACCAUUAAAUCCUACACCAAUUUGGAGGUGAAGAAGAAGCCAACACCCAUUGUAACCAUAAACUCCGACACCGAAGAAGGUUUCCUCUCCACCUCGCCGGACAGCAAUAACGGUGAGCAAAUGCUACGCAACAAAUGCAACAAUAGCGCCGUCACGGAAACAGCCAACGGCUGCUCCACAAUGCCACAGCAAACGUCGCCUAUGCCACCGCCCGUCUGCCUCUGUACAAAUCCGGAGAAUUGUGUGACGCUGAAGAAUAUUUUGGACUCCUUCAAAUCACCACUCUCGGAAGAGCAGGCCUGGGCGUUACUCCAUCAAUUUAUGACGCUCUACCGGCAGGUGGCUGCUGCUGGGCAGAAGCACAUUUUCAAUGAUCUAGAAAUACCUGAUGACAUUGAGCACUUGAAUUUGCAUCGCGACGGUGCUGUGCAUUGCUCGUGGUCGGAUAUCGAGCUUAAAGAGCGGGAACAGAAGGUGCAGCGCGAGAAAGAGCUGCGACAACAACGGCAGCAGAACAAAGAACCCUCAGAGGAGCAGCACUCAUGCGAGGAGACAGAGCCACAAGGCGAUGAUAAUCACGCACUUCUGGUGGCAUCGCACAAAAAGGUCCUCCGCAAAGUCGCAGUUAUUGUGUAUACCGCUUUGGACUACAAUCUGGCAGCGGAUGAACAGUGUCAAAUGUCACAUGAACUGGAAGAGUUGAUCACAUACAUGACAGCUGAAGAAAACGAUGAUGACUGCAUCGAUGAGGGCAUUGAUGAGGGCCACCAACGUUGGGAUGACGAAGGCGAUGAUGAGAAAUGGAGUGAAACCAAAGAAUUUGAUUUUGUGCUUGAGGCCUGCAAAUCACAUAUUAAACCCACUGUACCUGAGGAGCACUAUAAAGCGGUCUGCCGUGCGUUGGUCACCGAAGCAAUCGAGUUGCGAAUAUUCCUGCAACAGGUCCUAAAUGACGGCGCCGAUAAUCUUCAUUUAGAUGCCGGCUCGCAAACUUCCAAACAGGAAUUGGCAAAACUUGGCUUUAACGAUUGGGCACGCUUUUGGGUCCAAGUUAUCGAUGAACUGCGUCGUGGUGUUCGUCUGAAGAAAAAUAAUUACUCACGCACACCCAUUGAGUACGAGUUGACGCCCUACGAGAUACUCAUGGAGGACAUAAGAUCGAAAAAGUACCAACUGCGCAAAGUAAUGGUGAAUGGUGAUAUUCCGCCGCGCGUGAAGAAAGAUGCCCACGCUUUAAUAUUGGAGUUCAUCAGGUCACGGCCGCCACUUAAAAAGGCGUCCGAACGUAAACUACCGCCACCCAUUAAACGUACACCAUCGCCACGUGAACAACUCAUGGACUCGAUACGUAAGGGACAAACACUGAAGCACAUACAACCGCCAACACCGCCUCGACUCAAGGAUCGAUUGCUCCCACCAACAACAACAUUAAUGACAACAACAACAUCACCAGCAGCAACACUCAAUCAUUCAACAUCUUCAAUAACGUUAAAAUCCACAGCAGCAGGACCAACACAUGCAGCAGUGAACGCAUUGAAAAUGACAGAAAACGUGGAACCGCAUACGACGCCGCGCUCCAAGCAGCGGCUAAUCAAAGUGGAUUUCUCGCUGUUGCAGGAUGAUGACAACUUCUUUGAUGAGCCAACGUCAACUGUCAGAUAUGGUAACUGUCAAAACGCACAUGUUGGCGUCUGCUCACAGCCACAAAUGCCUCCUUACCCGAUCGGCGGCUACAUGUCUAUGGGCGGCGGCUACAGUGGCGCUGUAGGAGGAGGCGGUGUGUCUAAUGCGAAUGCGAAGGGGGGUCAUGCGCCCGCAACACAAUUGCCAUCAGCGCUGACUACGCGGGUGCUACGCCGAACAAAGGACUCGUACACCGAGGAUGAGUACCAUAGAUUCUUCGACAACGCGCUGGAAUCUUACGACCUGGCCACACAAUGCGAGUCACGGCGCGCGUCGCUUCGACGCCACACAAUUGUGGGCUGUCAGAGCAAUUUUGAUGAGACGCACUCGAUGCCGCCAACAAGACCCGAGUCGCGGCAAUCGGAUGUGAGCUCCACGGCUGCAGCAGGUGGAAGCGGUACAGAUGCGGCUGCAGCAGGUGGAAGCGGUACAGAUGCGGCUGCAGGCACAACUAAGCAGCUACACAACAAUUAUAACCAAAAACAGCAACAACAGUUGAAACGCUCCCAAAGCCCAAACACGCAUGCUGGUGUUGGCGCCGGUGGCGUUGUUAUGGGUGGCGGCGGCAUGAUUAACAGCCACAGCAGCAAUUGCAGCCGUUCGUCAUCCUCGGUUGGCCCAUGGAGUAAGUCUUUUCUGGAUGAGAAAACCUGGCUCGAACGUGGUGACGAUCGUCUCUCGUUGACACUGGAGGAAAUCGUGCACAUACGUUCGGUUAUGACGAAGGCCGAACUGGAAGGACUGCCUGUGGGUGUGCGUGUCAAGGAGGAUGUCGAAAAGCGCAAAGUCUGCUUCCUGUGUCUGCGUACGCGUUUCUCAAUAUUCGGCCCAUGGGGUAUACAAUGUAAAUUGUGUCAGCGCACUGUCUGCUCCAAAUGCUAUACAAAGAUGAGAAUACCAACGGAGCAUUUCCGCAAUGUGCCGCUUGUCCUGAUAUCGCCCUCGCUGCUAGCCAGUCCGGCUGGUUCCAGCACGCCAUCACCAUCACAUCACGCUCAUCACACGCACUCGUCCUCCACGGGCAACAUACUGGACGAAACCUUCCCCAAAUCAUUGAUUGAGCGUCUGUUGCGCUCCGAGUCAGAGCGUAAGACUCGCAACACGGUGGGUAGUGCACCGUCAUCGCCCAAGCACCAAAGAUCUAAUAUGAGUACGCCCGGCACGGGCCACGUCGUGUCCAGCAGAACGGGCAGCAGCUAUGUGACCAGCCAAGCCAUCGAGGCUGACGAUGCUUCCGCAAUGACGUCUUCUUACAACAACGCCAAUAUGACAAAUGGUAACAGUAUGUACGCCAACAACAACAAGCACAUCAACUUGAUGUCGCGCAGCAUGGAGGGCCCGCGCAGUCUGCCAGCCAAUAGCCCCGCGCGCGCACACUCCAACAGCAGCACCUUGGAUCGAAAAACCAAAUUCUCACGCACCUUCACGCUCUCCGCAUCGGGCACACACCUGAGUCAGGAGCAAAAGGAGAAUAUGCGCGGCGAGCUGGUCACUGUCUGCAAUGACUGUAAGGGACUUGUCAUGGAGAUCACACGCUCCUCCAAACAGACACGCUCCUCGGCGCGUAAUCGGGCGCUGCAAAAUCUCACGCUCGAUCUGUCGCCGGUGUACAAGUGAAAGGAGGCGGACGGCAGGCGCGAGAAAGCGCAGGCUAAACGUAAAACUGCUGGGACAGACUGACCACAGAGGACGGCAAGACUUGUUUAUACAUUGAAAUAAUUGAAAAUGUGCUGUGCAAGCGUGGUUGAUGUGGGGAAUGCACUGCAAGUACUUCCAGCCACUCUCCACUCUUCCUCCUCUUCCACAAAAAUUAAAAAAAAAACUAAUCUUAAUACAUAUAGACACCCAUUCGAAGCGUUGGGAGGGGUGGUGUACACGCUUAGUGUUUGUAAAUAAACUGCAACAACAACAACUAAACAACUUUAUUGAUAUGUUCGAAUUUGGUGUAUAAAUAGCAGCAACAAGUUCGCCGAUUAUGCGAGAAAAAACGAAAACAAAAAACAACAAAUUGGAAAACUAUUCUGUUCCAAGCAUGCGUCACGCCCUAACUGUGUAAAUAAAAAGGAAAUUCUGUUAUAUUUAUUCAAAUAUGUCUGUAUGUGUACUCGCUUUACGCUGACCGUUAUACGAGCGUUCGUUUGGAGUUGGGAGCUUACGGCUCAAAAACAGAGCAAAACUUGAUCAACGCAUAUUUGACGGUUAAUUUCAAAGCAUAUUUAAAGUACAAUAUAUGUAUGUGUGUGCGCUUGAGCACAAUUUAUUUUGGAGCAAAAAUUACAUUUGUAUACAGUUUCGGAAUACGCUUUAAAGUUUGCUAUAAUCAGCUGAGUUUCGUUUUUUAGUUAUUUUUAUUAAUUUAUUUUUGUAUUGAAUUUCAUUUGAGGAGUUUACUGAUUUAAUUUUAUUUUAUGGUAUUUAAACGCUGGAAAUUUUCAAUUUACCCAUUUAUAGCUUCUGUUUCUUUAAAUCUUUUAAAACUUAAGCAAUGCGAAGAAGGAUUUCUUUUGCCAUUUUUUCUUUUAUUUUAUGCGCAAUUUCAAUGUGUCUCCUUCUCUUUAAGAAAAUCCAGAAAUUAUGGUUGUGGGAGAAAUGUACAAAAGGAAAUGAUUUGAUUUAUAUAUAUAUAUAUUUAUUUAUGUGUUAUUUGGACUUACUUUUUUGCCGUUUUUCAAUAAGUUUGAGCAAUAUAUUUAACAGUUUUCGUUCUUAAAUUCUUUGUUUUUGUUCUUUUUUUUUACAUGACAUCUAUUUCUACAUACCUAUAUACAUUACUAUCUUAUUUAAUAUUAAAAUUUUGUACACGUGAUAAUGUUACGAACACUUACCAAUAACGCAAUAUUUAACGGUAACUAAUGAAAUUUAGUUUUAAACGUAACAAAAGUGAACAAAAAUAGAUUUACAAAACAUACAGACAUACAUACGUAUUUGCUAUUAGAUAUCACAAUUAGAAAUAAAUAUCGCGUUUUAUGCUGUACACUUUGCAAAUCCGUAUUUAUAAUAUACACACGAGUACACACAUACACAUUUAAUACUUAAUGAAUUAAGUUGCGCUAAUUACAAUACGUACACACCUAGAAACAUAAUAAGGAUAAGCAGCAGAGCAUAAGACAGACAGUAGAGAAAUGUCACUAUUACAAUUAAAUAAUAUAAACUUAGACAUAUUUAUACAUACAUACAUACAUACAUAAAUACAUAUAUUAAUGGCAUACAUUUAAGACACAUAACACAUAUACAUAUAUAUAUGAACAUAGAGAUAUUGUGAAAUUGCUUGUAAUUUAGUUGUUAGUCACAUUCGUAUUGGUAUUAACAUUGUUUUCGAUUUCAUGCUUUUUGUUUUCGAGUACAUGCAUACAUAUAUUUUUAUGUUUUAAGUUUCGAUUUACGUAUUUAGUUUUGUAAAAUAUAACAAAUGAUUCCACAACUUGAAGGAUAUAUUACCAAUAAUGAUACGAUAUACAUAAAUACAAAUAUAUAUUAUAUUUCAAAGCUAAUAAGCCACAAAUGUACAAAGAAAAGAGAAAAGAAAAAAACUGUUAUAUCACAAUUCUGCAAUAAAACAUCACAGCUAACUUUUGAGGUUUCUGAACUUGUUUCACCAAUAUGUAGUUGCUGAAAUUUGAUUAAAAGUACCGUACUUUAAUUACAAUUAUUAAUACUUGUAAAUAAUUUCAUUUUAAUACUAUUUUAGCAUGAAGCAAUAAUUAAAAAAAAUGGAUUUUCAAAAAUCUGUUAGUUUUUUUUAAGAAAUAAUAGUUUUUUUGCACACUUUUUAAUUUCUUCAGUUUUUUUUUCAACUCACCAGCAAACACUCUUACCGAAACAAGUCUUUGAAACAUUCAAAAAGCCCCAAAUCAAAAGCAUAGAUAUUAAAAUUUAUUGUAAUUGCAUUCUAUGGCAUACUUAUCAAAUGUUGAACAAAAUAAAAUAAAAAAUCAAAUCAAUAAAAA